GUGGACCCAGUCCAACCCGACGAUUGCGUUUGGAGAUCUCGAACUCUCGUGCAAUUUGAUCAUUUAGUACAGGUUCUAGCGAUCCAAAGACACGUCCCAUACACGGUGAACCAUCACCAAGACUAAAGAAAUUCUCAAGAGUCACAUAAACAUCCGAUUAAUAACAAUCAUCGGAAAGUAAUUCCAUAACCGCGGAGUAACAACUUAAAUUCAAUCAACCGAAAAUUUGUGUUUUUACAGUCAUCAAUUAGAUUUGAGAAUAGUCAAGUGUAUGGAUCAAGUGUUGUGGUAAUAUAUCCAAAGGAAAGUACAAAUAAAAUCGUCUCGUGCUGUUGCGCACUGAGUUUAACAAUCCCCCCUCGUUCGCGUCCCUUCCCUUGUAGGCGAAUCCAGUGUUGCCCCCGCAUUUUGCUAUGUGACAGAUAUUACGGGGCACCCAGUGUGCGCGUACCCCACGGGUCGUAAAAAAACGCCAACAUAAAUUCCUUAUUUGCAAUCAAUCAAUAAUCAACAAACGUGAGAACAAUCGAAGAAGAGUGAGAGAGAAUCAUCUGUUGGGCGCACACACGUUCGAGGAAACAUUUAGGUUUUGGUGUGUGCGCCUCUGAUAUUUUUCUACGGUACAAUCACACGAAGAUCAGCCCCCGAGAGAAGUCCUCCUCGUCCCUUUAUAUUAUCUUUUCAUCACCUUCUGAGGAGACAUGGAGUGCCCACAUCUAGCACAGAGCGUUCGUCUUUGUGGCGAUGAUGUUGAGCCGAAUUACGGAGGCAAGGAACUUCCGUUCGUCUGCGCAGUAUGCGGCACGGAGAAGAGUACAUGGCUGUGUCUGCACUGUGGUGCAGUACACUGUGGACGUUACGUUGCUGGCCAUGCCCUCCAGCAUCACGAAAAAAAUAAUCAUCACUGUGUGUGCAUUGACUGCGAGAAUCUGGCGGUGUUCUGCUAUUCAUGUGACGAAUACGUAGUUAACGACACAACAACAGGCCAAAUAGAAAAAAUACGCCAGAGUACAUUCCGUAAAAGUGAGCAGAAAGAGAACGACGAGAGUUGGAGUUCAUCAGCAUCACCAGACCUGGACAGCGGUAACGGUGAUAAUGAUGAUUCCGAUGCAAUUUGGAAGACUGAAGUUGUAGUAAGAAAUUUAAGACCACGAACUAGAAAAAGAUUGCACUCACUCGAUGGUACGAGUGGUGAUAAUAGACCAGUUACAAAACGACGUACAUCCAAAAUAACCAAAGAGAAGAAAGUCGUUGGUCUGAGAAAUCUUGGAAAUACGUGUUUCAUGAAUGUUGUACUUCAGUCGUUCAAUAAUAUCAGCCAUUUCUGUGAAUAUUUAACGCAAAUGCCGAGCUUGGAAGGAAUUGCAUUUGACGAGCCACCGACACACAGAGGGAGAAUUGUGGCGCCUGGGAGGGCUAAGGAAUUAAGUGAUGCGUUACUUGCUGAAGAACUGAGAAAAGUACUCCUUAGUUUGAGUCUAGGUGGUUCAAAUGGCCAAGCCAUAUCCCCCGAGUGUCUUUUCCUCGUAAUAUGGAAAGUGGUGCCACGUUUUAGGGGCUACCAACAACAGGACGCUCACGAAUUUUUGACUUACAUGCUUGAUAGACUGCACACUGAGCUUCUUCAGCUACUGCCAAGACUGGGUCAUGAACCACUUGGGCUUAGGGGUAAACAGAGCAUUGUCACUGCUGUUUUUGGGGGCACGCUGCUGAGCGUGGUUCACUGUAUGAACUGCCGAACAGAUUCUAAGACUCACGAGCCAUUUCAAGAUCUCUCACUAGACAUUCCGGAUAAACUACAACGGAGAAACGCCACCAAGGAGCAGGAGGAAGUAUGCAGUCUCACCUUCAGUUUGUCACGCUUCUUCAAGGUGGAGGAACUAGCGGACAGUGAGCUGUAUUUCUGCGACAACUGCAUGGGAAAGCAACGCUCCACCAAGAGAUUCUGGAUACACAGGCUGCCUAAUGUGUUGUGCCUUCACAUAAAAAGAUUUAGGUGGUGCAAUUCCUAUCGCUCCAAGGUGGACACUCAGGUGGAUUUUCCCAUGGAGUCACUCGAUAUGUCCAUGUACACUGUUCGAGGCUCAACUGGGGGCAAAAUGGGGCCACAAAACGGCCAUCUCUAUGAUCUUGCUGCUGUUAUUGUUCAUCAUGGAUCAGGAGCUGGCACUGGACAUUACACUGCCUUUGCUGUCCACGACGGCCAGUGGUUUCACUUCAACGACAGUAGUGUACGUCCAGCAAGCACCGAAUCUGUUGCCAAGUGUAAACCCUAUAUUCUCUUCUACGUGCGACGUGAAUUUUCAAUUCCACCGCCAUUGUGACAUCGUACAAUUAAGAUCAAUGAUGACGGUAAAAAUGACGAGGAGGACGAGGAGGAUAGCGUUGACGGUAGCACUGAUAACGGAAUCGAGAAGAAAUGAGAUAAUUUAAAUCAGUAUUUCUUCCUUUUGAAGCCCCUCUCAACGAAGUGAGGAACGACGUGCUUUCGGGAGUCGUGAUAACGAUGCAUUCGUCGGUUCCUAACCCCUUCAUCCCUCACACACAUCGUCAGAUCUCUUUCUCAAUGAAUCUAGAGUGCCUCGUUCCGUCGAUCACGUGUCGUCCAUUAUCAUGUAAUUAAUUUUGAUUUUUUUUUUCUUUUGAAUUUCCGUGAAAUGUGUUAACGAGUCAAUUAUGUUCUGCUGUGUGUGGAAUUAUCUAGAUACAUAGUAUAUUUGGGGAAAUAUAUUACACCGGAUUUAUGUUGAGAAGUUCCUAAGUCGAGGAAAUAUUAUUUGACUCAGCAAAAUAACCGAAGUUUAUAUUACUUCAGAACAACUAUUGAUUUUCGAAAAGAAAGUUUCAGACUAUUUCACUCACAUUUUCAAGGAGAUGUCAAAAAUUAUUAUUCAUUCCAGAGAUAUUCCAGGAAUUAUCAGUAUAAAGAUCGUAAAAAUUGCAUCAUUAUGUGAGAGAAACUACCCAAUUAUUUUGUAAAUAUUUCCAGAACGCGGAGACUCAGGCGAAAAUAUCGGUAGCAGUUUUUUGCUGGAGAUUCCAUGAAUUGCAAGAAAGGUCUGUUGUCAUUUUAUCCUAUAUACUAGUUUCAGACAUUUACAAUACCAUCUGUGGGAAAUUUCUGAACAACCCUUUAUUCUUGAAAGUAAAACUUCCGAGCAUUUUGCACAUAUUUGCAAAACUACUUGACUAGAACGUGGUUGAAAACAUUCAGGCAUUUUACAACUAACAGAGAAGCCCUUUUUAAAUUUUUCUUUCAACUUAUACUGCUGGAGAUAUUCGCAGAACCAUCGACACAAAAUUCACGAAAAUUCCUCGAUUAUUUGAAAGGAGCUUUCUGCUCGCAUCAAAUAUUUUCAAUGUGCGGGAAUUUGUAUACAGAAUUCCCAGCCAAAAAUUUCUGACAACUGAAGCACUUUGUUCUCAACAUAUUUCCAGAUUCUCUAGACAAUUCCCAUCUGACUCGUUAUAUUAUCCCUUUAACUACUCCGUCCUGCUCGCGGACAGACAUCUUAGCAAAGCAAAGCAAAAAUAUUAGUGAAAAAUCUAUUAUAAAGAAAUACCGAGACAUCAUCGAAGCUUUAACCAAAGCAAAUUGCGGAAAUGAGAAGCAAAUAAUUCAAUGAAUUUUAGAGAAAGAACUGUCACAAAGGUCUAUUGUACUUCUCCCUCCUCGUUUCCUCUCCAAUCGCAUCUUCGACGUUUAGUUUCUCUCAAACUUAGGUAGAACGAGCAAAUUCUAUAUUUUUCUAGCUACCGGAAGGUUAAUAGUGAGGAAAAGAAUGAAAUAAGAGUUGCCAAUCGUUUUUUAAGUAAUAAAAAAAUUAAUGGAAAAAAGGUAAUUCAUUGUGAUAUAGAGAAACGAAGGCAUUAAAGGUGUGUUUAAAAUUGUGGUCGUAAAAAAGUUGUAUAAAUCGAACUUAUAGUUAUUAUUAUGUAUGUGUCUAAAUAUGGAUGUGUAAUUACUAUACGUGACUGCGGGAACAUCUGAGUGAUUAAUCUGAAUUUAAUGCAACAGACGAAAUUUUGCUUAGUUGUAUAAUGAUAUUGCGGUGUCACGAUGGAUUAAAAAACUCAUUGAUUCUUCAUUUUAUUUUUUAUUAUUUUCCAUUUUACUGAUUCUAAAGAUAGAUCAGCAGCUCAAAAAAUUGAAGAAAUAUUCGUGAACUUUUGAAAUGUUGACAAGAGGUUUUGAGUUGGACAAUUGCAUGUAGUAGACAUUUGCAAAAAUCUGUGGAAUUGAUGGACUCUAGAGAAAAUAUGGGAGGAAACUUUUUGUAAAUUUUUUUGCGAUAUAAACUUACCAAUUCCAAAGGUAUUUGCAAUAAUAGGCGAUGUAAAUUUAUUUCACUCAACUUCGUGGUCGUUUAGAUCGAAUUAAUUCCAGAAAUGACAAAGAUUAUUUGAGCAUCGCGAGCAAGUGUUUACGAAUCACCUUGUCAUGUCAUGCCCCAUAUUUGCGCAAAGGACUGAAUCUCCUAGGCAAGAAAAAUAAAUAAAACUGCGCAAAAUAAUAAUUCCUCAAUUCGCACUAUCACUCAAUCCUCUGAAAUGAACGAUGGGUUCGGAAAAUUGAGUGAUAAUUCCUCACAUCCUCCCUAAACUACCCCCUGCCCCGUUCAUCACUUGAUACGCUGUCAAAUUAACUGCGAAAAUAAUGAAAAAUGCUCGACGACUCUUAUGUGAUUAUUUAAAGACUUAUUUUUUCUAUAACGACGUAAUCUUAACAAUUAAUGAAACGGAAAAAAUAAUAAAACUCUAACUAUAAGUUGACGACACGUUAGUCCAUGAGAAACAAUUUAUUGAAAUGCAGCAAAUAAAAAGUAAUGAUCAAGGAGAUAAUGACAACAAUUCAAUUGCCGGACUCUCACUUAUAAUUAAUAGACUAAAAUUCACAAAUGAGCUCAUAGGUGCGAAAAUAGUUAAGGGAUAAACAAUGUUAUUGAGAAAUGCGUUUAACGAAUUACAAAGAAAAAUUAUCGGGAAAAAUCAACAGCCGUGUAUGGAGAAGAUACAAAUAAAUCAGCAUGGCGAAACUCU